CAACGAGUUUAACCACCCUGGUCGAAAACUUGAUAUAGAUACAAACGCUAAAUUGUCCGGUGGUGAUAACUUAUUGAUUAUUUAUUUUUCAAGCAGGUAUCUGAAAGGGAUAUCGCAGAAACAGUAGCUCUAGAUGUCUAGCAUGGGUGAUCAGCGCGGGACGAGGGUGUACGUUGGCAACCUGACCGAUAAAGUGAAAAAAGACGAUCUGGAGGGGGAGUUCACAAAGUACGGCAAGCUAAAUUCGGUGUGGAUAGCAUUCAACCCCCCGGGCUUUGCGUUCGUGGAGUUCGAGCACCGCGACGACGCCGAAAAGGCGUGCGACAUACUGAACGGCUCCGAGCUCCUGGGGUCCCAGCUGCGAGUGGAGAUCUCGAAGGGGAGGCCGCGCCAGGGUAGGCGUGGCGGCCCUGCCGAAAGGGGCCGACGCGGUGAUUUCGGUCGACACAGCAUCACGAGCAGCGGCAGCGGCGGCGGAGGCUUCCGGCAGCGUGGCUCCAGCGGCUCCUCCAGCCGGCACACGGAGAGGGGCUACAGCUCCGGCCGGUCGGGGGCAAGCAGCUAUAAUGGACGUGACGGCGGCGGAAGCGGCUUCAACCGACGCGAGGUGUACGGCGGCGGACGCGAGAGCGGCCGCUACAGCAGUGGAAGCAGCGCCAGCUACGGACGCACUGGCGGCCAAUCAGCUGGACGCUUCCGAUCUCGCUCGCCGGUCAGCAACCAUCGAUUCUAAUGACAAGACCCCUCAUAGCUGCCUAUGAGUAAAUAUUAAUGAAUAAUAACUUAAGUGCGACACCGUAAGCGCUGACUCGAAAUAUUCAAAAGCUUAGCGCUCGAUCGUUUUCGAUCGGCCAGCCGACAGCAAGAACAAAAACAACACCCCACAUCAAGCAAACUGAUAGUCGUCGUCGUAUUUUCAUUAUUUAUUUACAAAUACCCAUUAAUAACAUGACAAUUGCAAGCACAUAAAAUUUAAGUUAUAACGUAGAAAACUAGUAAGAAGAAGUACGCUAAGACUCGAACAACGUCAAACCAAAUUCUAGAAGUACGCAAUUUUAAUAAAGAAAAUGCGGAAAAGUUUCUCGUAUACGUACAAGCUUUCGCAUCAUAAUUGGUCUAAAUACUAAAGAA